AUGCCGACACUCGUGUUAACCAACUUCAACAUCAUCGUCUCCUUCCUCGGGGGAUUCAUCAGCCUCUUUGGGUUGGUGUCCUACCUGUUGAAGGAGAAGUUCUACAUGUCAGAAGCCUUGAUCUCUCUCCUUGCGGGCGUCACCUUUUCGCCACAUGCAGCAAAUCUAAUCAGGCCUCUCGAGUAUGCACUAGGGAGCGAGGAGAACCUGAACUACAUCACCCUCUACUUCUCGCGCCUAGUCCUGGGCGUGCAGCUGGUCUUGGCCGGAGUUCAACUGCCUAGCCGCUAUCUCCAGAAGGAAUGGAAAUCACUCAGCCUGCUGCUAGGUCCGGUAAUGACCUGCAUGUGGCUGGUGACAAGUCUGCUGGUCUGGGGCCUCGUUCCGAAUCUCCCCUUCCUCCAUGCUCUUGCCAUCGGGGCCUGCGUCACGCCCACCGACCCCAUUCUUUCCAAUGUUAUUGUCAAGGGCAAGUUUGCGGAUCACAAUGUGCCAAAGCAGCUCCAACGGAUCAUCAUCGCCGAGUCUGGGGCAAACGACGGUCUGGGAUACCCCUUCCUGUUUUUUGCCCUAUAUCUCAUCCAGUACAUUGGAGAUGGCGGCCAGACUUUUUCGGGAGGCGCCGGCAAGGCUAUAGGCCUGUGGUUUGGCGAGACCUGGGGCUAUACCAUCAUACUCAGCAUUGUGUACGGUACCGUGGUAGGAUGGAUUGCCAAAGAGCUUCUACAUUACGCCGAGAACCGGAAAUGGGUGGACCGUGAGAGCUUCCUCGUCUUUGCCGUAUCCCUUGCACUGUUUAUAACAGGGACGUGUGGGAUGGUUGGCAGCGAUGACGUGCUGGCCUGCUUCAUUGCCGGCAACGCGUUCACCUGGGACGACUGGUUUCGACUAGAAACACUCGAUGAGUAUGCAUUCCCUGUGUUCUCACUUCAACCUACAAUCGAUAUGCUCCUCAAUGUCACCAUAUUCUUGUGGUAUGGAGCAGUAUGCCCAUGGACUCUGUUUGCCCACAAUCAUGUCAUAUCGAUCGGUAGAUUGAUUGCGUUGGGCAUUCUGAUCCUCCUUCUCCGACGUCUACCCAUUGUACUUAGCUUGCAUAAGUAUGUGCACCAGCUCCAGGACAUCAGACAAGCCCUUUUCAUGGGCUACUUUGGACCGGUCGGCGUUUCAGGGAUUUUCUACCUCUACAUCACACUAGAGUUCCUCGAGAUGCUUAAGCAGGGCGAGCAUCAGAGAGAAGAUGUUGCCAACAUGGGAGAGGCUGUGACAGUGGUUGUUUGGUUCGUUGCCAUAUGCAGUGUAGUGGUUCACGGUCUAAGCAUCCCUCUCGGCAAAUUUGGCUUCUACCUGCCCAGGACACUUUCGCGAACCUUGACGACAGAUGACCAAGGUGAAUCCUUCAACAUCCGCGAUCGGGUGAGCAGUUUCCUGCCGCCUUUCAGCGCCUUGUCUCGUUCCAUUUCUCGAUCAAGGAACGACAGCGGAGCGAACACGCCACACGAAUCCAGACCCGCGUCGUCCCGCCCAGUCUUCAGGAUCGGCGGUAGCGUGAUUAAGGAUAACAGGCCUGCGAACGCCUCUCAGACAUAUGUCCCACCUUCAAGGCUGGAGACAGGCACGGGAGGCACCGGGACGCAAACGCCGCAGGAAACCCUGCCACAAUCCCCCGUGCUCCCCAACCGGACGAUCCGCUUCCCAGACGAGGAAACGGACGGUCCCUGA